AUGGCCGCGGCGCAGUCAGACACCAUCAUGCUCUGCUCCUCGCGAGCUCUUGUCUCUGGCCGUCUGUGCCCCGCUACCAUCACCGUCUCCCGCGCCACCGGUAAGAUCACUGCCAUUCACUCUUCUAUCUUAUCACCAGCUCUCUUUCCUCCCAAUACCCCUUACAUUGACUUCUCACCCUACAUCCUCCUUCCUGGUCUUGUGGAUGCGCAUGUACAUCUUAAUGAGCCAGGGCGCACGGAAUGGGAAGGAUUCUACACGGGCACGCAGGCUGCUGCGUUUGGCGGGGUUACCACCGUGAUUGACAUGCCGCUGAAUAGUAUUCCACCCACAACUAGUGUGGGAGGGCUGGAAGAGAAGAUUGUAGCGGCAGAGGAGCAGGUGUGGGUUGACGUAGGGUUCUACGGGGGAGUGGUCCCAGGAAAUGUUGGCAAAGGGGAGUUGAAAAGACUGGUUAGGAGAGGUGUGAGAGGGUUUAAGGGGUUUUUGAUCGAUAGUGGAGUUGAGGAAUUUCCUGCAAUUAAGCCUAGUGAUAUCAAAGAGGCCCUGAUGGAAUUGGCAGACGAGAAGACAACGCUCAUGUUCCAUGCAGAAAUGAUUCCCCCAGGGACGUUUGAGGAAGAGAUCGACAUGCAGAUUUUGGUCCAAAAAUCAUCGAAUGCAUACUCAACGUUCCUCUCCUCUCGACCCCCAGUGUUCGAAACAUGUGCCAUGGAACAAAUUCUCUCUCUUUCGCAGCUUGCGCCAGAUUUGCCUCUCCACAUCGUUCAUCUCUCUGCCGCGCAAGCAAUUCCUCUUCUGCGCGAAGCUAGAAAAAGGGGGGUCAAAAUUACUGCGGAAACGUGCUUCCAUUACCUCACCAUGGCGGCGGAAAAUAUCCCAGACGGAGACACGAGAUAUAAAUGCUGUCCACCGAUCCGCGAGCAAGCGAACCAAGACGAGCUAUGGCAGGAAUUAUUCCGACACGAGUCUGACGACGGUGUCAUCAAAACAGUCGUAUCUGAUCAUUCGCCCUGCACGCCUGACCUGAAAAUUCUCCCUGGGCAUAUACCCAGCAGUGCCCCACCAACAAAAAAGGAGCAAAACGCUAAUGAAAAUGAAAGUGAAAGCCUAGGCGACUUCCUCGCCGCAUGGGGAGGAAUCUCAUCCGUCGGUCUUGGGCUUUCAAUUCUCUGGACAGGGUUAAAUCGUCGAUAUCCCGACGUGUCAACAGCACAUCCCUCGGGAAGAUUGUUACUUGAACAUGUAGUCCAAUGGUGCUGUAUUAACCCUGCUACACAGGUGGGAUUGAAAGGCCAAAAGGGUGACUUGGCCGUGGGAUACGAUGCAGAUAUCUGUGUGUUUGACGAUGAAGCGGAAUGGACUGUGGAACCUGACACGAUGCUGUUUCGGAACAAGUGCUCGCCGUACCAGGGGAAGAGGCUCAGGGGGGUGGUGAGAGAGACGUGGCUCAGAGGCCAACGGGUGUUUAGUCGCGAUGAAGGGUUUGGCGAUGGGAAACCGCAGGGAAAGCUUUUGCUAUAG